AUGGCCAAGGGGCUCCUGAUGACCUAUGCCCUCUGGGCUGUAGGGGGCCUUGCGGGGCUCCAUCACCUGUACCUGGGGCGGGACAGCCAUGCACUGCUCUGAAUGCUUACCCUGGGGGUGGGGUGGGGGGGUGGCCUAGGCUGGCUCUGGGAAUUCUGGAAGCUCCCAAGCUUUGUUGCUCAGGCCAACAGACCCCAGGGGCAGAGGCAGAGCUCAGGAGGGGGGACACACCCUUUGAGUCCCAUUCACUUUGCUGCCCAGAUGAUAGUGGGCAUUUAUUUUGGCCUUGUGGCUCUCAUUAGCCUCUCCUUCAUGGGCAGCUUCUAUAUUGUGGGCCUCCCACUGGCAGUUGGCUUAGGGGUUUUGCUGAUGGCUGCUGUUGGUAACCAGACCUCAGACUUUAAGAACACUCUAGGAGCAGCAUUUCUUACUUCCCCUAUUUUCUAUGGCCGCCCCAUAGCCAUCCUGCCCAUCAUCUUGGCUGCUGGCAUCACAGCCCAGAAACAUCGCCUCUACAAAGCUUCAGUUGGGUCAGAGACGCUCAGUGUGAGGCUCUACUGCUUGGGCUUGGCUUACCUUGCUUUCACAUGCCCGCUAGCGUACAGUGCCCUCUGCAACACAGCGGCCACCCUUAGCUAUGUGGCAGAGGCCCUCGGCUCCUUCUUCAGUUGGUUCAGCUUCUUCCCCCUCCUUGGGCUCCUGAUGGAGUCUGUCCUCCUUCUGCCUUGCUGGGUCUAGAAGCUGCUGGUGGGAGAUCAUGGCUUCAGCAGCGGCUACUUCCAAGAGUGGUAAAAGCUCUAUGAGUUUGGUCACAGUUUUCUUUAGUUGCGCUUGUGUCUCCCUAAGGUUUUGGGUCUCUCAGAGGGGGCAACAAAUGAAGAAAUACAUUGCAGAUACCUGGAGCUAGAAGACCACAAUUGGCACCAGGCGGAGGAAGCUCAGAGGCACUUUCUGGAGAUCCAGGCUGCGUAUGAAGUCCUGAGUCAGCCCAGGAAGCCAAGGGGAUCCUGCGGGUGAGAAGAAACUUCCCUUUGAGGAUGGACUCUUCCUGGCACAGCUGGGCAGCUUGUCCCAGCCCAGCUUUGCCCACAUGAGGUAUCCCAACAGUGUUAAAGAAACUGUCACUUGCAGUGGAGAUGAGAAAAUCUUAAAGGGGUGAGAAAGCUUUUGUGGUAGAAGAAUGUAUUUAUGUUUUGAAUUUCUGAAUUCUAGGCUAUCAUAUUACUGAUUAUAUUUUCUUAAAAUGAGAUAAUGCAA